CAAACUCUGCCAUUCUCCAUAGCCCGGAGUUCCAAGCACACUGAGAAACCCCAGCACGAGUGUAUGUGAGAGACAGAGAGAGCAAGUGACAAAGUAACUAAUACCAGCAGAACAAAUAUACAGUGAGGCUUCGUGCCUCGAGAAAGAACGAGAGAGUACACAAAUACGUUCAAGUUUAGUUAAGAAGACGUGAGGGAAAACUUUUCUGGGCUGUGGCAGAAAGCUGUGGACCGCGGAAGAUGCCAGAGCAAAGGUGUUGACCUUUCCAGGAAAGAAGGGCUGGAAGGGCUGACACGGUCCACGCUAGGGGACAGGUGAAGUAACACAUUUAGAGAUGGCUGAUGAGCAGGACACAAGGGAAGUGCUUUUCCCACAGUGGAUGGGCCCUGAUAAGCAUGGGCUCACCAUAGAACAAAAAGGUCAAGGAGAGAUUUUUGUCAAAGAGGUGAAAGAUGAGUCCCCUGCUGCACAUACUGGGAAAGUAUAUGAAGGUGACCAGAUUGUGGGGGCCACCAUUUACUUUGACAACAUGAGCUCAGAAGAAACAUCUGAACUACUAAAGACUCUAAACCGACAUAAGGUUGGACUAAAAUUACAAAACAAGACUGGAGAAAAGUCACCUUGCCGUUCUCCAAUGGGGACAUUGUCAUGGGAAGGACGUGGAGGGUUAGGAGGCUCUAGUUCAGACAUUUUCCUGAGUGGGGAUGACGAAGACUAUAAGAGAAUCUACACUAAGAAAAUUAAACCUAGACUAAAGUCUGAGGAUCUUGCUGAGGGUGUUGAUGUGCGCACAGAACGUCACAGCAGCGCAAGCAGUGAUGGUUGCACCAUUACUACAGUCACUCGUCGAAUAACUACCUACACUGUGGAUGUGCCCGGGGGGACUAGUCAGCAGAUUGAUCACUCAAGCCCUGAGUUCAAAAUUCAGGUCUUGCAGCAUGAGCAGUCGGAAGGGGAUCCCACUCAAAUCAGAUUACCACAUAGAAGCCUUGUUAGUGGUGAACACGGAGGUAUAAAAAUGGGGGACAUAUCUCUUAGCGGGCCCCAUAUCAUUGGCUCCUCUGUGAAGCACUGUAGCACAGGAUCUUUCAAAACAACAAGUGAAUUAGAUGGUAGUGGGAAAGAGAUUACAAUUAAUGUGUCAGACACUGGACUGUCAGGUGGAAAAGGACAGAGGGUGAUAGAACAUUUUGGAAGGACUGAAGCUUCUGCAGGCAGUAGUGAUCACUCUGGCAAAGUAACCAUGGGGUUAGACAAAUACGUGAAAAAUAUUUCUUCUCCACUGGAAGCUGGUUUUAAAGCUUCAAGUAUGAUGGGAGGAACUGCGUUUUCUACAGUAAAGGGUCCUGUUCUGGAUACUCGUAUUUCAGGUUUUUCCAUUAGUGGACAGACAGGGGACAGUAUUGGCAGGGAAUCUUUGUCUAAAGUGCAUAAGGAUGGGUCUGAUGAUAAAACCAAAUUGUCUAAAGUUACCAUAGAUGUUCAAAGACCCAAGGAAUGUCCAAGUGUAGAAGUGAAUUUUAACAAUCAAAAUCUUAAAGAUGUUAGUCAGAGAGGUUUGAGCAUAACUGGCAAUCAGGACAUUUCAGCUCAGGAACCUGAUACAGUAGUAAGUCUCCCCAAAGCUGAUGUUAAAAUCACACCAGCAGAUAUGGACAUCAGGGGUCCAGAGCUUAAAAUUGAAGGACAUAAGGGUAUAGUCAAAGAUAUCAAAUUUGAUGUGCCAUCAAUUACUGGUCAAAUAAUUUCUAUGCCCAAUGUGGAUUUGAACCUGAAAGGACAAAAAACGAAAGGAGAUGUUAAUGUGUCUGUUCCAAAUGUUGAUGGGAAUGUUACAACAUCAAAAGUUGAAAUUAAAGGACUAGAUGUUGAGGGUGUCAAAGGUGACUUAACUGUUCCAAAGGUCAAUAUACCCUCAUUUGGAAUAAAAACUUCAGAAGUGAAAGGUCCUGAUGUUGAUGUAAAUCUUGCGAAAGCCAAAAUGGAGAUUAAAGCACAAGAUGUGGAUAUCAAGACUCCAGAGCUUAACAUUGAGAGAUCUGAAGGAAAAGUAAAAGAUCCCAAAAUCAAAAUACUAUCAAUCUCUGGUCCUAAGAUUUCGGUGUCUGAUGAGAACUUAAAUGUAAAAGGGUCAACACUGAAAGAUGGCAUCAAUGUGUCUGCUCCAAAAAAAGUGGAAGGAGAUGUCAAGGCACCUAAGAAUGAAAUUGAAAGCCCAGAACUUCAAGGUGCUGAUGGUGGUUUUAAAAUACCAAAAAUCAAAAUGCCUUCAUUUGGAAUCAAAGCUUCAAAAGUGGAAGGCCCUAAUGUUGACGUAAAUCUUUCCAAAGCUGACAUGGAAAUUAAAGCUCCAGAUGUGGACAUCAAAAAUCCAGAGCUUGACAUUGAGGGACGUGAGGGAAAAAUCAACAGCUCCAAAUUCAGAAUUUCUAUGCCAGAUGUUGACCUCAAUCUGAAAGGUCCAAAACUGAAAGGUGAUGUUGAUGUGUCUGUUCCAAAAGGGGAAGGAGAUAUUAAAGCACCAAAAGUUGAAAUUGAAGGCCCAGACAUUGAGGGACCUGAGGGUGGUUUUAAGAUGCCAAAAAUGAAAAUGCCAUCAUUCGGACUGAAGGGUCCAAAAGUGGAGGGUGCAGAUGUUGAUGUGAAAAUCCCUAAAGCCGAUUUUAAAGUUAAGGCACCAGAUGUGGACAUCAAAUCUCCAGAGUUUGACAUUGAAGGACCUGAGGGAAAAAUCAAGGGCCCCAAAUUCAAGAUGCCAUCAAUCUCUGGUCCAAAGAUUUCUAUGCCAGACAUUGACUUCAAUCUGAAAGGUCCAAAACUGAAAGGUGAUUUUGAUGUGUCUGUUCCCAAAGUGAAAGGAGAUAUUAAAGCACCAAAGGUUGAUAUUGAAGGCCCAGAAAUGGAAGGACCUGAUGGUGGUUUUAAGAUGCCAAAGUCCAAAAUGCCAUCAUUCGGACUGAAGGGUCCAAAAGCGGAGGGUCCAGAUAUUGAUGUGAAAAUCCCUAAAGCCAAUAUUGAAGUUAAGGCCCCAGAAUUGGACAUCCACGCUCCAGAGUUAGACAUUGAAGGACCUGAGGGAAAAAUCAAAGGCCCCAACUUCAAGAUGCCAUCAUUCGCUGGUCCAAAGAUUUCUAUGCCAGACGUUGACUUCAACCUGAAAAGUCCAAAACUGAAAGGUGAUUUUGAUGUGUCUGUUCCCAAAGUGAAAGGAGAUAUUAAAGCACCAAAGGUUGAUAUUGAAGGCCCAGAAAUGGAAGGACCUGAUGGUGGUUUUAAGAUGCCAAAGUCCAAAAUGCCAUCAUUCGGACUGAAGGGUCCAAAAGCGGAGGGUCCAGAUAUUGAUGUGAAAAUCCCUAAAGCCAAUAUUGAAGUUAAGGCCCCAGAAUUGGACAUCCACGCUCCAGAGUUAGACAUUGAAGGACCUGAGGGAAAAAUCAAAGGCCCCAACUUCAAGAUGCCAUCAUUCGCUGGUCCAAAGAUUUCUAUGCCAGACGUUGACUUCAACCUGAAAAGUCCAAAACUGAAAGGUGAUUUUGAUGUGUCUGUUCCCAAAGUGAAAGGAGAUAUUAAAGCACCAAAGGUUGAUAUUGAAGGCCCAGAAAUGGAAGGACCUGAUGGUGGUUUUAAGAUGCCAAAGUCCAAAAUGCCAUCAUUCGGACUGAAGGGUCCAAAAGCGGAGGGUCCAGAUAUUGAUGUGAAAAUCCCUAAAGCCAAUAUUGAAGUUAAGGCCCCAGAAUUGGACAUCCACGCUCCAGAGUUAGACAUUGAAGGACCUGAGGGAAAAAUCAAAGGCCCCAACUUCAAGAUGCCAUCAUUCGCUGGUCCAAAGAUUUCUAUGCCAGACGUUGACUUCAACCUGAAAAGUCCAAAACUGAAAGGUGAUUUUGAUGUGUCUGUUCCCAAAGUGAAAGGAGAUAUUAAAGCACCAAAGGUUGAUAUUGAAGGCCCAGAAAUGGAAGGACCUGAUGGUGGUUUUAAGAUGCCAAAGUCCAAAAUGCCAUCAUUCGGACUGAAGGGUCCAAAAGCGGAGGGUCCAGAUAUUGAUGUGAAAAUCCCUAAAGCCAAUAUUGAAGUUAAGGCCCCAGAAUUGGACAUCCACGCUCCAGAGUUAGACAUUGAAGGACCUGAGGGAAAAAUCAAAGGCCCCAACUUCAAGAUGCCAUCAUUCGCUGGUCCAAAGAUUUCUAUGCCAGACGUUGACUUCAACCUGAAAAGUCCAAAACUGAAAGGUGAUUUUGAUGUGUCUGUUCCCAAAGUGAAAGGAGAUAUUAAAGCACCAAAGGUUGAUAUUGAAGGCCCAGAAAUGGAAGGACCUGAUGGUGGUUUUAAGAUGCCAAAGUCCAAAAUGCCAUCAUUCGGACUGAAGGGUCCAAAAGCGGAGGGUCCAGAUAUUGAUGUGAAAAUCCCUAAAGCCAAUAUUGAAGUUAAGGCCCCAGAAUUGGACAUCCACGCUCCAGAGUUAGACAUUGAAGGACCUGAGGGAAAAAUCAAAGGCCCCAACUUCAAGAUGCCAUCAUUCGCUGGUCCAAAGAUUUCUAUGCCAGACGUUGACUUCAACCUGAAAAGUCCAAAACUGAAAGGUGAUUUUGAUGUGUCUGUUCCCAAAGUGAAAGGAGAUAUUAAAGCACCAAAGGUUGAUAUUGAAGGCCCAGAAAUGGAAGGACCUGAUGGUGGUUUUAAGAUGCCAAAGUCCAAAAUGCCAUCAUUCGGACUGAAGGGUCCAAAAGCGGAGGGUCCAGAUAUUGAUGUGAAAAUCCCUAAAGCCAAUAUUGAAGUUAAGGCCCCAGAAUUGGACAUCCACGCUCCAGAGUUAGACAUUGAAGGACCUGAGGGAAAAAUCAAAGGCCCCAACUUCAAGAUGCCAUCAUUCGCUGGUCCAAAGAUUUCUAUGCCAGACGUUGACUUCAACCUGAAAAGUCCAAAACUGAAAGGUGAUUUUGAUGUGUCUGUUCCCAAAGUGAAAGGAGAUAUUAAAGCACCAAAGGUUGAUAUUGAAGGCCCAGAAAUGGAAGGACCUGAUGGUGGUUUUAAGAUGCCAAAGUCCAAAAUGCCAUCAUUCGGACUGAAGGGUCCAAAAGCGGAGGGUCCAGAUAUUGAUGUGAAAAUCCCUAAAGCCAAUAUUGAAGUUAAGGCCCCAGAAUUGGACAUCCACGCUCCAGAGUUAGACAUUGAAGGACCUGAGGGAAAAAUCAAAGGCCCCAACUUCAAGAUGCCAUCAUUCGCUGGUCCAAAGAUUUCUAUGCCAGACGUUGACUUCAACCUGAAAAGUCCAAAACUGAAAGGUGAUUUUGAUGUGUCUGUUCCCAAAGUGAAAGGAGAUAUUAAAGCACCAAAGGUUGAUAUUGAAGGCCCAGAAAUGGAAGGACCUGAUGGUGGUUUUAAGAUGCCAAAGUCCAAAAUGCCAUCAUUCGGACUGAAGGGUCCAAAAGCGGAGGGUCCAGAUAUUGAUGUGAAAAUCCCUAAAGCCAAUAUUGAAGUUAAGGCCCCAGAAUUGGACAUCCACGCUCCAGAGUUAGACAUUGAAGGACCUGAGGGAAAAAUCAAAGGCCCCAACUUCAAGAUGCCAUCAUUCGCUGGUCCAAAGAUUUCUAUGCCAGACGUUGACUUCAACCUGAAAAGUCCAAAACUGAAAGGUGAUUUUGAUGUGUCUGUUCCCAAAGUGAAAGGAGAUAUUAAAGCACCAAAGGUUGAUAUUGAAGGCCCAGAAAUGGAAGGACCUGAUGGUGGUUUUAAGAUGCCAAAGUCCAAAAUGCCAUCAUUCGGACUGAAGGGUCCAAAAGCGGAGGGUCCAGAUAUUGAUGUGAAAAUCCCUAAAGCCAAUAUUGAAGUUAAGGCCCCAGAAUUGGACAUCCACGCUCCAGAGUUAGACAUUGAAGGACCUGAGGGAAAAAUCAAAGGCCCCAACUUCAAGAUGCCAUCAUUCGCUGGUCCAAAGAUUUCUAUGCCAGACGUUGACUUCAACCUGAAAAGUCCAAAACUGAAAGGUGAUUUUGAUGUGUCUGUUCCCAAAGUGAAAGGAGAUAUUAAAGCACCAAAGGUUGAUAUUGAAGGCCCAGAAAUGGAAGGACCUGAUGGUGGUUUUAAGAUGCCAAAGUCCAAAAUGCCAUCAUUCGGACUGAAGGGUCCAAAAGCGGAGGGUCCAGAUAUUGAUGUGAAAAUCCCUAAAGCCAAUAUUGAAGUUAAGGCCCCAGAAUUGGACAUCCACGCUCCAGAGUUAGACAUUGAAGGACCUGAGGGAAAAAUCAAAGGCCCCAACUUCAAGAUGCCAUCAUUCGCUGGUCCAAAGAUUUCUAUGCCAGACGUUGACUUCAACCUGAAAAGUCCAAAACUGAAAGGUGAUUUUGAUGUGUCUGUUCCCAAAGUGAAAGGAGAUAUUAAAGCACCAAAGGUUGAUAUUGAAGGCCCAGAAAUGGAAGGACCUGAUGGUGGUUUUAAGAUGCCAAAGUCCAAAAUGCCAUCAUUCGGACUGAAGGGUCCAAAAGCGGAGGGUCCAGAUAUUGAUGUGAAAAUCCCUAAAGCCAAUAUUGAAGUUAAGGCCCCAGAAUUGGACAUCCACGCUCCAGAGUUAGACAUUGAAGGACCUGAGGGAAAAAUCAAAGGCCCCAAAUUCAAGAUGCCAUCAUUCGCUGGUCCAAAGAUUUCUAUGCCAGACGUUGACUUCAACCUGAAAAGUCCAAAACUGAAAGGUGAUUUUGAUGUGUCCGUUCCUAAAGUGGAAGGAGAUAUUAAAGCACCAAAAGUUGAUAUUGAAGGCCCAGAAAUUGAAGGACCUGAUGGUGGUUUUAAGAUGCCAAAGUUUAAAAUGCCAUCAUUUGGACUGAAGGGUCCAAAAGUUGAGGGUCCAGAUGUUGAUGUGAAGGCACCAGAUGUGGACCUCAUAGCUCCAGAGUUAGACAUUGAAGGACCUGAGGGAAAAAUCAAGGGCCCCAAAUUCAAGAUGCCUUCAAUCUCUAGUCCAAAGAUUUCUAUGCCAGACGUUGACUUCAACCUGAAAGGUCCAAAACUGAAAGGUGAUGUUGACGUGUCCAUUCCGAAAUUGGAAGGAGGAAUUAAAGCCCCUGAUGUGGAUAUCAAGGGUCCAGAGCUUGAUUUUGAGGGACCUGAGGGAAAAAUCAAGGGUCCAAAAUUCAAGAUACCAUCAAUUUCUGGCCCAAAACUUUCUAUGCCUGAUAUGGAUUUCAACCUCAAAGGUCCAAAACUGAAAGGUGAUGCUGACAUGUCCGUUCUAAAAGUGGAAGGAGAUAUUAAACCACCAAAAGUUGAGAUUGAAAGCCCAGACAUUGAAGGACCUGAGGGUGGUUUUAAGAUGCCAAAGAUCAAAAUGCCAUCAUUCGGACUGAAGGGUCCAAAAGUGGAGGGUCCAGAUGUUGAUGUGUCAAUUCCAAAAGUUGAAGGAGACUUUAAAACACCAGAUGUUGGUAUCAAGGGGCCAAACCCUGACAUAGAAUUGCCUGAAGGAAAAAUCAAGGGCCCAAAUCUCAAGAUGCCAUCAGUAUCUGGUCCUGAAGGCCCUAAUGUUGAGGUUAAUUUUCCAGAAUCAAAUGUGAAAAAGCCAAAAUUCAAAAUGCCCAAGUUUGGAUUUAAAGGGCCAAAGAUUGAAGCACCUGAUGUUGAUGUCAAACUUCCGAAAGGAUCUAAAGUGAAAGGUCAAGCAGGUGUCAGUUUGGAGGGUGAUGUCAAUAUGCCAAAAGUGGAAGUUGAUUCUUCAAGUGUAGAAGUUAAAAGUCCAGAGGGAGGAUUCAAGAUGCCAAAAUUUAAAAUGCCAAAAUUUGGUUUUAAAUCACCCAAAGGAGAAAUUGAUGUCAGUGUACCUAGUGGUGAUGUUGGUUUAAAUUCACCUGAUAUUGACAUCAAAACUCCUGAUCUUGAUAUUGCAGGACCUGAGGGACAAAUCAAGGGCACCAAAUUCAAAAUGCCUUCUUUAUCUGGUCCAAAGAUUUCUAUGCCAGAUGUAGACCUCAAUUUGAAAAGUCCAAAAGUCAAGGGUGAUAUUGAUGUUUCUGGACCCAAGAUUUCAGGUGACAUAAAGGCUCCAAAAGUGGAUAUUGAAGGACCUGAAGUUGAUGUAGAGGGCCCAGAAGGUGGCUUCAAGAUGCCUAAAAUCAAAAUGCCAUCAUUUGGACUAAGAGGUCCUAAAGUGGAGGGUUCAGAUGUUGACAUCAAUCUCCCCAAAGCAGAUCUUGACAUUAAAGGAUCUGAAAUUGAUGUUAAAGCUUCUGGACUUGAUAUUGAGGGACCUGAGGGGAAAAUCAAAGGUCCCAAUUUCAAAAUGCCUUCCAUAUCAGGUCCAAAGAUAUCUAUGCCAGAUGUCAACAUAAAAGGCCCCAAAGUCAAGGGUGAUAUGGAUGUUUCUGUACCAAAUAUGUCAGGGGAAAUAAAAGCCCCAAAAGUGGGCAUUGAUGGUCCUGAUGUUGAUAUAGAGGGCCCGGAAGGUGGCUUAAAAAUGCCUAAAAUCAAAAUGCCAUCAUUUGGACUCAAAGGUCCUAAAGUGGAGGGUCCAGAUGUUGACAUCAAUCUCCCCAAAGCAGAUGUUGACAUUAAAGGACCUGAAAUUGACAUCAAAACUCCUGAUCUUAACAUUGAAGGGCCUGAGUGGAAAAUCAAAGGUCCCAAGUUCAAAAUGCCUUCAAUAUCAGGUCCAAAGAUCUCUAUGCCAGAUGUCGACUUAAAUCUUAAAGGCCCCAAAGUCAAGGGUGAUAUGGAUAUUUCUGUACCAAAGAUUUCGGGUGAUCUAAAGGCACCAAAAGUGGACAUUGAAGGUCCUGAUUUUGAUGUAGAGGGCCCAGAAGGUGGCAUCAAGAUGCCUAAAAUCAAAAUGCCGUCAUUUGGACUCAAAGGUCCUAGAGUGGAUGGCCCAGAUGUUGAUAUAAAUCUGCUCAAAGCAGAUGUUGACAUUAAAGGACCUGAAAUUGACGUUAAAACUCCUGAUCUUGACAUUGAAGGACCUGAGGGUGAAGUCAAAGGUUCCAAGUACAAAAUGCCUUCCAUAUCAGGGCCAAAGAUUUCUAUGCCAGAUGUCAACUUAAAUCUUAAAGGCCCCAAAGUCAGAGGUGAUAUGGAUGUUUCUGUACCAAAGAUUUCAGGUGACCUAAAGGCACCAAAACUGGACAUUGCAGGUCCUGAUGUUGAUAUAGAGGGCCCAGAAGGUGGCAUCAAGAUGCCUAAAAUCAAAAUGCUAUCGUUUGGACUCAAAGGUCCCAAAUUGGAGAGUCCAGAUAUUGACUUCAGCCUCCCCAAAGCAGAUGUUGAUAUUAAAGGACCUGAAAUUGAUGGUAAAGCUCCAGAUCUUGACAUUGAAGGGCCCGAAGGUGGUUUAAAACAUGUUAAGCUCCCCAAAUUCAGAGGUCCCAACUUUGGAAUAAAGCCUUCAGGUGGCAGUCUUUCAAUGCCUGAAAAAGAUAUAGGGGCGAGUAUUGAUGUCAAAAGCCCUGAUGUCAAUAUCAGUGGACCAGAUGCAAAUAUCAAGGUGCCAAAAAUGAAAAAAUCUAAAUUUUCACUUGGAAUUAAGAGCCCAAAAUUGGAUGCAGAUAUUCCUGAUGCUGGUGGUAGUGUAGAAGGGCCUGAUAUGGACAUAGAUGUGAAAGGAAAGAAGGGUAAAUUCAAGUUGACUAAAGGGAAGGGAAAGUCUAAAACCUUUGAUGGCGAUAUCAAGUUGGAGACAAAUGAACCUGACGUACAGAUGAAGUCAACAAAAGUAAAGAAACCUUUUUUUGGAAAGUUACAUUUUCCUGAUGUGGAGUUUGACAUCAAAUCUCCGAAAGUUAAAGGUAGUUCAUCUGCAUCUGGAACUAUAAAAUCUAAUGUCAAUUUGCCUUCUGCAAGCCUUAGAACUGAUAUUCAGACACCAGAUGCAAGUUUGGGUGGUCCCGAUUUCAAAACAGAAGGGGGGAAAAUCAAAAUGACAAAAGUUGGCAUCUCUGGCUCUGAGAUAAAAACUCCUGAACUGGAUGUUAGAGAUGCAACAUUAGAUCUUCCGCAAAAGUAUUUUCAUUCCCCAGAUGUCAGGGUAGCAGGAUCAGGCAUUAAUGGAAAAGGCAGGGCUAACAUUGACAUAGAAGGUAAAAUACAGGAUGUUAAGUUGACAGUGCCUGCUGUAAAUGUCCGUGGUGGUGCUUUAGAUUCUGAUUUAAAUCUCACCGAACAAAAAGGAGUAAAAGGGAGCAUUGAAAUACCAGGCUUUAAUGUAAGAGGACAAAAAGGAGAGACUGCAAGUGGGUUAGACAUGAAGCCAGAUGCAUCAUUAUCUGGUGUGAUGGAGUACCAAGAUGUUAAUGUAACCUUUCCCAAAAUCAAAGUACCAAAGUUUGGUGUUUCAUUGCCUAAAGUAGGUGGAGGAGAGAUGGGAGUUGAUGUAGGUUCAUGUGAAUUGGCUGCUGGUUCUAAAGUUAGUUCCCAAAGUCUGGAAAUGGAGAACACUGAUAGGAAAAGCAGUGGUGGAAAAGUGAAAGUCAAAAUGCCAAAAAUAUUUGCCAAAUCUAAAUCUAAAGGUGGUAGUGCAGCUGAUCUUACUGUUGAUGGAGAAGAAAUUGAUGUUACCAGUAAAGGUGGUGCAAAGGUGUCCAAGGAGUUGAGCCUUAGUUCUGGGGAAUUGACACGUGGCAAGUUAGCAAUAGAGGGAAGUUCUGGGUUUAAAGUUUCACCAAAGAGUAAAUCUGCCUCCCUUGACCUCUUCAAAAAAACACAACAUCACUCAUCCUCUGUAAGUGAUGAGGGAGGUUUAGCUUCCCCUGUUUCUGCUGAAGGCCACUUACAGGCAGAGGGUGGCAAAGUUUCAGUUGAUGGAGAAAAGGUUAAAGGCAAAAAAGGAAAGUUGAAGUUUGCUACAGUUGGAGGUUUUAGCUCAAAAAGUAAAGGUUCAUAUGAAGUGACAGAUGAAAGUGAGGUUAGGAUUGAGGGUGCUGGUGGAGUUGCUCAGUCUUCAAAGAAGUCCAGAAUGUCAUCAUCAUCCAGCAGUGAUAGUGGGUCAAAAAGCAGUUUUCGGCUACCACAUCUCGAAAUAGCGGUUUCGCCAAAGAAAUAGUUUUCACGCUAUUAUCUAUACACAGUACAUUCACACACACACUUUUUUCAGUCUAGAUGACUGUGUAAAUCUGUCUUUCAUUUAAGCAAUGGUGCACUGCCAUAUUGACUGUUUCUUCAAUUCCCACAUAUGUUCUUUACAGGCAUUGAUAUAUAUAUAUAUGUAUAUGUAUUUUUUUUUAUCACAAUUUAACUGUAAAUAAGAGAAAACUUAUGUAAUUUUGAUUUUGUUUUGUAGAUAGGAAAUGCAAAUCCAAUCCAACAAUGUGUGUAGUUAAUAUAAAAAUGGUCAUCUGAUAACUUGUUCUAUUUUUGUACCUUUGAAAAUGUUUGAAACUCUGUCCUUUCUAAAAUUGUCUGGACACAUUUAAAUGCAAGAUGAAUGAUUUUAGUUGGAUUUGAAAGGAUUUUAAGACUUAAUCUUCACGUAUAUAUUUAGUGCUGUAUCAUAUGUACUUAUCACAUAUGAAUAACUAAUUUGAGCAGUGAUAAACCAGAUCUUAUUAGUGAGCACAAUUAAGUUUUAAGGGCUGUACAAACUGUAAAUAAAUUGAUUCAAAACGAAUACAUGGGAUAACAUAAAUUUGUGUCCAAAAUAUUAUCACAGUUCAGAUAUUAUGGAAUUUAAUAUUUGAGAUUAUAAUCUUCUAAAGUAUUUAUAUGUAAGACUCUUUUUCAAUGAUUGCUUGAGUCUCUUUAAAAUGCACACCAGGAAGCAGCUGGCAAAAGCUGUGACAUGCUUUGAUUUUUAAUGGUUUCUAAGGCAUUUUUUCUUUGUUAUAUUUUGCACAUUUCUCUACAUCCGGUUGACUCUCUCUCUCUCUUCCUCUCACUAAAUUUAUGAAAUGUUGUGCUGUCAUCAUGUGGUGAUAUAACUACAGGAAUGCUAAUGCCAACGGUAAAACAUUAAUAUUUUUGAAAAGGCAUAAAAUGUGCAUUGCUCUUGUAAAUAAUGGGACAUUUAGGCUGCAAAUUUCUAACUUUUUUUUCCUUGUAUCAUUUGCAAAAAUUUAAAUAAAGUGAUCAAAUAUCAA